AUGAGUACGGUGUCCGAGCCUCUGGUGGGCAGCAGCAGGUCUCUGUCCGCAGCCAGGAGACACAAAAGUAUCAGGAAGAACUCACGCAGGAUUUAUUCAGCUUUCCAGGACCACCAGCAAGGCUCCUCUGAUGAUGAAGACAAAGACGAUGAGCGUGUGGACAGCAACGACCCGGAGGAGAUGUUCCAGAACAUCCAGUACCAAAAAGAGAUCAUCGCCAACAUUCGGACCAGACCCUGGCCGAUGAGACGGAAGCUUAAAGUCCUAAAGCAGGCCAGAGAGAUUGUUCUGAAGUAUGAGGGCCGACUGACCAGAACCAGAGGUUACCAGACUGCAGGAGCUGAUCUGCUGAAGAAACUUUCCCGAGUACUUUACAACAUCGUGGUUCUGUUUAUCCCCUGGGAAAUGAGGAUUAAGAAAAUUGAAAGUCACUUUGGCUCUGGCGUGGCGUCCUACUUUAUAUUCCUCCGCUGGCUGUUUGGGAUCAACAUCGUUCUGACCAUCAUGACUGGAGCCUUUAUUGUCCUACCAGAGCUGCUGGCUGGAGCUCCAUUUGGAACGACGAGGAGUAAAACGAUCCCAAAGGAGCACCUGGCUUCAGCCCAGGAUCUGGACACCAUCUGGUCUCUGGGGGGCUACCUGCAGUACUCGGUGUUGUUCUACGGUUACUAUGGCAGAGUGAGGAAAAUCGGCAGUGCAGGGUACCGGCUACCCCUCGCCUACUUCCUGGUUGGGAUGGCUGUCUUCGCUUACAGCUUCAUCAUCCUGCUGAGAAAAAUGGCCAAGAACUCUCGCCUGAGCCUCGCCAGUGCAUCAGAUGAGAACUUCACAUUCUGCUGGAGGGUUUUCUGUGCCUGGGAUUACCUGAUAGGAAACCCAGAGGCAGCUGAGAGCAAAGGCGCUGCCAUUGUCAACAACAUCAGGGAGGCCAUCGUGGAGGAGCAGGAAAAAAAGAAAGAUACGAGUCUAGCCGUCCUCAUCAGUCUGCGUAUCUUAGCCAACAUCCUGGUGCUGCUGUCACUGGCUGGCAGCAUCUACAUCAUCUACUUUGUGGUGGAUCGUUCUCAGAAACUGGAGCAGGAGAAGCCGGAGCUAACGCUGUGGGAGAAGAAUGAGGUGAGUGUGGUGGUGUCUCUCAUCACCAUGAUCGCUCCCUCAGCCUUUGAGCUUGUGGCUCAGCUUGAGAUGUACCACCCACGGACCUCGCUGCGAUUCCAGCUGGCCAGAGUGCUUGUUUUAUACCUGGGGAAUCUCUACAGUCUCAUCAUCGCUCUCCUUGAUAAGGUCAACAGUAUGAGCUCUGCUGGUCCAGCGGCUUUAGGAAACUGGUCUGACGCCAGCUCUUUCCUCGCCACCAUUGCUCAGCCUGACAGCCUCUCUACGCUAGUUUCAGAGCUCUCCAUCUCUGACCAUCACAACAGCACCACUGCAACCAUCGCCACAGUGCUGGACAUCACAAACAGCGCCAGGAGCAGCUUAGCUGUCUCCAACCAAACAGCUGUGUUUGAGAAGAACAUGCGCUCUCAGCAGGACCAGUGCUGGGAGACUUACGUCGGCCAGGAGAUGCUGAAGCUGUCCAUCAUCGACAUGAUCUUCACCGUGGCGAGCAUCCUGCUCAUUGACUUCAUCAGAGGCUUGGUCGUUCGCUACCUGAGUGACUGCUGCUGCUGGGAUUUAGAGAGCAAAUUUCCUGAAUAUGGAGAAUUCAAAAUAGCAGAGAAUGUUUUACAUCUGAUUUACAACCAAGGAAUGAUCUGGAUGGGAGCUUUUUUCUCUCCAUGUCUUCCUGCUUUCAACGUGUUAAAACUGAUCGGUCUGAUGUACCUCCGGAGCUGGGCUGUCCUCACUUGCAACGUCCCCCAUCAGCAGGUGUUCAGGGCCUCCAGAUCAAACAACUUCUACCUGGCCAUGCUGCUGUUCAUGCUCUUCCUGUGUAUGCUGCCCACCAUCUUUGCCAUAGUGAGGUACCGACCGUCACAACACUGCGGACCAUUCAGUGGACAAGAGAAGAUUUAUGACAUUAUCUCAGAGACGGUGGCCAACGACUUCCCCGUGUGGUUCAGUAAAGUGAUGAGUUAUGUCACCAGUCCUGUCGUAGUGCUUCCAGCUCUGCUUCUGCUCUUCAUGCUGAUAUACUAUCUACAGGCUAUCGCCAGAUCCCUCAAAUUCACCAACAACCAGCUGAGGAUGCAGCUGCAGACGGAGCGGACUGAAGAUAAAAAGAAAGUCUUCCAGAUGGCUGCAGCGAGGCUUCAGGGUCCAGAGGCGGCAGCAGCAGACCCAAAGCCUGAUCAGCAGGAGAGUGACAUCACGAGUCAGGAGGCUUCCAUUCAGACGGCGUCUCCCCAACACAAUGGCAGCGUCACAAACUUUCAGUCUCCCGUUCGUCGUGGAAACAGCAUCCGAACCAUCAGCCAAUCAGCAUCCAGAAUGGACCUGAGCAGGGGAACGGUGUCUGGAUCCGUCAGAAAUCCAUCAGUGAUCGCCCUGCCCAAACACCGGCUGGAGCACAUUCCUAACAGGCCCCCUCCAUUUCUCGGUGGCCCCAGUGGUACCUGCAAGUCCAAGUCCUACCAUCACAUGGGGUUCAAUCCCCCAACCCGCUACUCUGACAUCAACUCUGACCCUCUUUACAGGAAGACCAAAUGCUCGAUAAGUCCUGUGGAGGCUGCAGGAAUCAUCGCAGCUCACAAAUAUGGAGGACGGCGUGGCCAUACCACCCGAUAUGUGAUCGUGAAUGAGCGAGAGCCCAGGAAGAAGCUGCUGCGCUCGGUCACGAGGAUCCCACGCCAUUACCUCAAUGAGGAGCCAGCAGAGAUCCUGGAGCUGUACCCACGCAACAUCAAACGCUGUGCAUCCCGCACAGCCCACCAUCAAGCACACCUCCACCAGUCCCACCCGUCAGAGCAGCAUGUGAGUGAAGAGGAGGAGGAGGAGGAGGGAAAAGGUAGGAGACGGGCAUCGUUAGGGAAGGCUCACCGCCCCCGUUCCCUCUCUGACCUCCACCAUCAGGCAAACUUCUAUAUUGGUGAGGGCCGCCCAGCACCAGGAGGAUACGGUGCACGGGAAGAAGAUGAUGAAGGGGACUGUGAAGAGGACUGGGCAGAUUUGGAGUCAGUCCCCUUUUCCCAGACCAAUGCCAAAGGAGCAGACUCCCUGCUGGUCCAAACCAGGUGUCACAUCCAUUCUCCAGGAAGACACUACCAGACCACUGGGAGGACAAGGCUAAUGGAGUCUCAUGUGAGGCCCAAGAUAAGACAGAAGCUGGAUCCUCCUCUCACUGAGUCUGACUCAGGCUCCCUGGCCUCCAGCAGCGACCAGCAGAACAGCAGCACGGACCAGUACAUCCAGGUCAUCCACAACAAAGACCGCUAUCUUAAGUCUGAUGGCAGGCAGGGGAAAAUGGCCAAGAAGAAGUCCAAAGCCAACUUUGAUCUGAAUGGAGAUGAGUCCAAUGAUCUGGUUUGCUCCAAUGUCUGA